UCUUGAUCAAGUUGUUGACAAGGAAGCCAAACUUGUUUUAGCAGAUCUAAAAGUUGUUUUUCGCAAACUCACACAUGUGUGAACGAUACUUAUUUGGUACAAAUGGAUGAUUCAACUAAGGAUGGGAGUGAUUCGGACUGGGACAGUACCUUGGACUUCACGUCUCCCCGGCAAGUUGGUAUUGGACAGUUGCGACCACAGUUUGAGGGUGAGAUUGAGGAGGAAUCUGCCUUGUCUGGAGAAAGCGACAUUGAAGAAGAGCAAGAUAUGCCUAAUGACAAGAAUGUUAUAAGAAAUGUUCUAAACCCUGUUGAAGACAGACCAAGAGCUGUAACCCCAACACAGAAAGAAAAUAAUAUCAUCCUGGCUCAAAAACAGCAGAAUUUGAAAAAGAAAGAACAGCCUGCUAAUAUUGCAAGUCAGCAACCAAAAACUGAAGAGGAUUCACCUCCGCAUAAUUUCAGAGAUCCUGGGCAGACCUCUCCUCUUGCGGCUCAACUUAGCCCCCCAGGUAAAGACAGAAAGGGAGCAUCCUAUGACCCCACCCCAAGCCCCGCCCCCAGGGGAAUACCAGUGAAUCAGGGAAGCAUUAAAAGUAUAGGCUCAUGGGAUGACUCUGAUCCGGAUGAGAGAACACUAAAGGAGAUACGCUCAAACUACCAGCAAGAGAAGCAAAGAGAGGAAAGAUUAAAGGCAAAAGAAGAUAAUUCUAUUUAUGAUGAGCCUGACACGGCUCGAUCAGAAGGAACCUGGAAAAGUUGGAAAUUUGGCAAGAAAAGCAAAGGAAAAAAUGGCAAGCAAAAAGGAUCAGCGCAGAAUACACCAAGAGGUCAACCACCACCAGAGAGUGCAAGGUCACAAAGAUUGCAAGUUCAAGGUCAGCCAGAAAGAAUAAUUCAAACAGAAAAGCCACAGCAAGCAGAAAGGUCACCACAGGUAGCAACAAGGUUACAGCCAGCAGAAAGUUCACAAAUAUACGCAAAAGCACAGCCCGUAGAAAGGUCAAGACAAGUAGUUCAAGGUGAUGGUUCAAGACUCCAGGUUCAGUCAAGCCCUAAUGUUCAGUAUGAGCCAACAUUGAACCCAGUGCUCUCGUCACGGCAAGAGGUUAUGUCACCCUCUAUGAUAGAAGUGUAUGAUCAUAAGUAUAUCAAUCAGCCUAGUGUGCCAGAGUUUAGCAGCCUAGAUAUGCCUUCAGACACAGUGCCUCAGUUUGUGGACCCUGAAAGGUUGUUUGUGCAAGACAAAGAGACGGGCAGACAAAUCUACUAUUUUGGACACGGCAACAUGAGAUAUUAUGAAGUGAACACAGAAGAAGAUGAGGCUAAACUGCCACAAAUUGCUGACAGAGUGGAUAAGGUCAUGCAGAGACUUUGGCAGGAAGUGUUCAGUCUUCUUAGAAUUCUGCUCAGCUUCUUCAUAUGGUUUGCAGUGGAACUCUUCCGUUUUCUGGCCAAACAUAUCUUCCAACCCUUAAUAGUUGGAAUAUUUGUAACUCUCGGUGAUUAUGUGGUAAAACCGUUUUUGUCGGCAGUUUUCAACGGGUUUAUGCAGCCAACAAGUAUCUUCUGCUGGAAUGUUUUUACGGGAAUGAGGCACAUGUUCAAUCCCAUUGGUGAGAUUUUGAGGCGAAUUUUUGAGCAAAUGGCGAUGCUAUUCCGCUCUAUCCGUUUGUUUGAAUUGACUUGGGUCACAGAAAGACCAACUUUGCGGCAAGCAACAGAUAGGUUUGUGGAAAAUGUUUAGGUAACUUGUUUUUAGUUUGCUAUCAAAAGAAUUAUUAGCAGCUUUCAGUUGCUUUAGUUGUAUUUGUUAUUAGCCAGUCUGGUGUAUUUAAUAACUGUAUGAGCACAUCUAUUAUUUGGUUAUGUUUAUUAUACUAGAUUUAUUUGUUAAUUGAUUUGCUAUUAAAAACUGACAUUCUAAAAGUUUAUUAUUUUGUCUAGUUUUCAAAUAUUAUGUCAUAUGAUUGCAUUGGUAUAAAUCUGUUUAGAUUUUCCUGCAAAUUGAAAGUAUACAAAUCUUGAAAGCUUAUGUAAUAUAACACUAUCAGUGAUAAUUUGUGUCAUAUUCAUUGUAAAAGACCUUUACUUACAAUUGCAUAUACAUAAGCAUAUUCUUCAGAUGUAAUCAUUUAAUUGAAUCAGCCCUUGAUGAUUCUUAUUACAUCUGUUGGUAGUAAUACUCUUUCUUUCCAAGCAUUUUGAUGUUUUAAUAGUUCAUGCUACAUGUAGUGUAGAGAAUGAUAGUAAUGUCUUAAUUUCUUGCUGCUUUCUAAUCUGGAUUUUUAUAUUCAUUUGUGUACAAAUAUUGCAAUGAUAUAUUUCAUUUAAUUGUUCAUUAUACAUAUUAGUUUUCAGUUAGUUUGUUUAUUUACUACUUCAAACAUUGUCUCAUUUAUUAUUCAUCUAUCAUAAUUAUGUUAAAUAAUCAGUAGCUUAGAAAAACAUAAAUCAAAAGCCAGGUACAUCUAUACAAUAUAUAAUAAACAUAUAUAUACAAUAUUUAACACACAUUUUAUUUCAGUUACAUUAUGGUCACCUAAAAAUCUUUAUUCACAUGAUAUUUUAAAGUUAUGUUAAGCUUUGGCAAUAUAUACUGUUACGUUUUGUAUUUGUGUUUAAAAAUUUAUUAAAAUGUGAUACAAUUUUGUUUAAAAAAAUAUACAUUUGUUUUUAAAUUUGUGUAUAUUUAACUUUAACAAGUUUGUAUGUUUUACCCAAUGUGGCUUAUCGCUCAAUAUAUUCCUGAGGUGAAUUGUAAUAUAUAUUUUGGGCAAAUAGCAUUAAAGAAAGCAUCACAUAUGUCAAUGUUUUAAUUUGUUAUCUUAAACUAGCACACGAAUAUGAAAGAUGAUACAUAUUUAAGUAAUAGUUGCAUAAAUUAAAUGCUGUGUGCAUGAUUUAAAAUCCUAAUGAUCAAGUAAUUCAAAUGACAACACUGACAUGUUAAAUUGUAAAUGUUACAAAACCAAUAAGUGUGUGUAAAAAAAUCAGAUACAAGUUGGGAUUUCCGAAAAGAUAACAAAAGAUAUCUGAGCGGUUCUCUGUGAAUAUUGGGUUUAACUCAUGAGAGUAAAUUGUUGUCCCAGAAAAGCCUGUACAUUCCUCAAGGGCUUAUUAGGGAUACGAGUUUUUCAGCUUCUAUAGUAUUUUUCAUUUAAAAAAAGUGUCUUCUAAAGGAAAAUUACUUCAGAAAGUAUCAUCCCUUAUUAGCCUGCAUAGGCCUAUCUUUGAAAAUACUUUAUGCAUCUGCAUUUUUGCUGAUUUUCUUAGAGACUGGUACAUAUGAAAUUGUAUUAAAUUCUUAUUUUGUUGAUAUUUUGUCAUUCGUCUACUUCUGUUUUGGAUUUAUGAAAUCAGAAAGAUUUGUAUUAACACUCUUUUAAUUGAUAAAGAGAAAGAAUUCUUACAGAUUUUCAAAAUAAAUGUUCUUUAUUAAGCUUUGUUAUAUCAUAAGUUUAUUUUUGAGGUUACAUUAACGAAUUGAUGGGAACUGGUAAAAUUACAGUUGGUAAUGGGAAUUUGUAACCCUUAAAUUGCUAGAAAGGGUUAAUGCAUGAUUGUUCCAUGCUUUCAGAGUUAUAUAGAAGGUUACAUGUUGCUAGCUCUUUGUUGAAUCUAUUAAUAUUUUUUUCAAAUGUUGUGUCAUCCUCUUUAUUUCUUGUAUGAAUGUCAACAAAUAUUUUCUUUAAACUGUCAGCAUUUUCACUACAACACGUGCAGUUGCAUGUUGUUCUGUAUACAUGUAAUAAUGUACCUUUUAAUUGUUAUAAACGGUAUGUUAUAUUGUGAUAUGCAUCGUUAUGUUUUACUGUUUUGUCACAAACCCAUUGUAUUAAGGUAUUCUUUCUUACCUGGCAAUCAAAUAUUUUGAUGCAUUUUUUUAUAAACAAUCCUCAAGGAUACUAUAUAUAAUUUUUGUUGCGAUUUUAAUUGGUUUGAUUUCCCCUUUAAAAAACAUGCAUGACCUUUGUUUGUUUUCUGUUUUCAUGUUCCUGUUUGUGCAAUCAUUAAAGCAAUCAAUUUGCAUAUUUUUAUUUUGUUUCUCAUUUUUUAUAGGAUUGUAAAGACUUUUUAUUUGUGAAAGAUUGUAAGACAUUUAAUUGAUAGUAUAAUUAUUGUCUGCAAUAGGGUCAUACAAAGCUGUAAUUGUUGCUGUUUUGUCUUUUAUACAUGUAUAAUUAAGUACAUAUUUCUCAUUUAAAUUUGUUGUGUUCCAUUUCUACUUUGAUCUUAAUUUACAGGGUCUGUUCUCUAAGCUGUUAUGGUCUGCUUUGUCUAUAUGUGCAAUUUAAUUAGUCCUGUGAUGUGUUUUUUCCUGUCUUCGAGUAUAUGUUUUUAAAUUAUUACACUUUGCUCAUUUUUCAUCGAAAGUUUAUUAUCAUUAUUUCGCCAUGUAAGUUGAGGCAUUGUACAUGGCUUCGGUGAGUUUUGGCAGAAUUAUGACCCAUUUUAUGUUAAUUUUUAAUGAGAUGUGCUGUCCCAAAACUUAUUAGUUUGAACUCUUAUUUAAAAAAGCUUGGCUUAUAUGGAUUUAGCUGUCACAACUGAAUGAUCUUAAUUUGCUGAUAAUCUCGAAGAAAGAAAUUUUUACUUUGAGCAGUUUGGCUAAAUUAUUGCCCUUUAUAUGUCCACUUAAGAUUUUAUAUUUCAUAAUGUUUAUGUCCAAACAUGUGUUGUCAAGGCAACAGUGUCUGAGACACAUGUCUGCCUUUUAAAGUGGUAAUUGCUUUAUUAGUUAGUUAUUUUGCUGCAAAAAGAUUUUAACAUAGUUAUAAUAUUUCUGGUUGUAAAUAUUGUGUAACCGUUUAGAGAAUAUGAUUUUCACAUGAUUUAUUUUGCUUUAAUUCUAAUGUUUUAUUCAACUAUUUGUAUACAUUAUACAACUUUACAUACACAUUUGCUAUAUGAUUCAUUGAUUUAAUUGUUAUUUAAAUAGUAAAAAGUCUCUACAAGUAACAUGUAUAACCUACUGAUUUCUUAAACAGAAUUAGAGGAGUGGGUUUGCAACAGCACAAUAUUCUUUGAUGUAUUAUCUUAGAACAGCAUGAAUAUGGUUUUCAGUAAAUCUGUUUUGUGUCAAAAUUACUUGGUUCACGUUCAUGGAUGUUUGGAAAGCUAUGAAGGCAAUGCUUGUUAUAAACUAAGUGUCAAACUGCAUUCCAUACUGUACACUGUAAUGAUGUCAAGCUGCAUUCCAUACUGUACACUGUAAUGCCAUACUGUAAUGGUGUCAUGCUGCAUUCCUUACUGUACACUGUAAUGCCAUACUGUACACUGUAAUGAUGUCAGACUGCAUUCCACACUGUACACUGUAAUGCCAUACUCAACACUGUAAUGAUGUCAUGCUGCAUUCCAUACUGUACACUGUAAUGUACACUGUAAUGAUGUCAUGCUGCAUUCCAUAGUGUACACUGUAAUGCCAUACUGUACACUGUAUUGAUGUCAAGCUGCAUUCCAUACUGUACACUGUAAUGCCAAACUGUACAUUGUAAUGAUGUCAAGCUGCAUUCCAUACUGGACACUGUAAUGCCAAACUGUACACUGUAGUGAUAUCAAGCUGCAUUCCAUACUGGACACUGUAAUGCACAUGAUUUAUUAUAAAAACAAUCAUUCUAUCAAUUAACUCUUGAUUUAGUGACCAUCAGUGAUCAAAUUAAUGCUCCUGUCUUUGUGUUGUGAAGGUAUGUAAGUACCAUUUACUUGACCUAAAUUUCUCAAUACAACCAUUAGUUUUUCACCUGAAAUCAGCAUAUGGGUUUGUCCGUUGGUCCGUCUGUAGACACAAACUUGUAGGAAAGGCAUUCUCCUACACUUUACCAGACCCAAGGGACCAAUUUUUAGUUGGUCACGUAAGCGGCGAACUAAAUUUACAGAGCAUAUUUUUCAAAUCAGUAUGUGCUUAGAAGCCUUAAGUACGGUAAGAACUGCAACUCACUAUGCUAGGAAGGAUUACCUCGCCUGUCUGCACUGCAGUCGACAAAUGCUUCUACUCUACUUCUGCAGCGAGUGUAUAAACCAGCUUGUAAGACGACAUUGACCAGUCUAAUGUUUAUCAUUGAAAUCUGUACAUAUUGGCUGCUUUCAGGGAAAACGGGGCUUAAUGCAUGUCAAAUAAGAUUAGCCUGUGCACACUGAUUAGCCUGUGCAAUGAGCACAAGCUAAUCAAGGACGACAACAGCGAACAACUUCAGUGCCUUCAGCGCUUUGAUUUAUGUUAAGAACCUACUACAUGUUAUUACGUGUACCUACUGUAACAAGUUCAAUAUAUGUUUUAUUGCAUGCUAUAUUAUAUAUUUAAGUUUGUUUAUUUAUUUAUUUGUGUACAUUGAAUAACAAAUAUGUGCUUAAGAGUAGACAUGGUUGUGAAUUGAACAUAAUUUGUACAAUGUCAUUUAUUAUUGGAAAUGAACAAAAAACUGUUAGAAAUGUAACCAAAGUCAUUAGUUAUAUUAAAGAUUUUAAUAAAAUGUAUAUAUAUUUUG